AUGGACUUUGACAAGCUUUUGCAUCAAUUGGAACCAUUACUCGAUAAUGGUGCCGUUUCUAGGAUCCGGGACGACCCGAGUACAGCGGAAUACAGUGUUUCGACGUUAUCACAACUAGCAAUCUCUCUUAGGGCUCCAAACAAUAGAGACGUAUUACGAGAAAGUGGUGUUUAUGGUCGAUUACUGGAGCUUUUCGACUCCGCCUUGCAAAAUAACCCACCAUCGCACAACGUCAUAGCCGUGCUAACUGAGCUGAUUCGAUGUCUUGCCAACUGUUUAGCUGACAACGACCCUAACAGGGUUAUCUUCAUGGCCAAAUAUGUCAAUGGGAAAGAAGCCGAUGAUUCCAGUCUUGUAAACCUGUUGACAUUGGGAAUUUCUGGCGUGAGUUGUUCGAACCAUACUCUGAAAUUCAGAUCUUUGGCAUUGAUCAAGAAUCUGUGCUUGGAAAACAAAGAGUAUACAGAGGCAUGUUCUUCAGUUUUGACUACAGCGCUGUUUCAGGUCCUUCAGUCAUAUAGUGUCGAUACCACUGAUGAAGAUGAACUCGACUCAAUCGCUAUGGCAGCAGAUCUGCUGUUCGAAUUUACCGAAUUUUCGUUCAUGGCGGUUUCGAGGACAGACCCAACCAUACUCGUUCAGCUGCUGCGACGGGUUGCACCCAGGUCUGGACUACAGAACUCGAAUGAAAAUAGCAGCGACGAAGAAGAUGCCCAUGGCGAGAUAUCACAACUCUUGGCAGGGACUUUGGAAGGCGUGCUCUCAAAAAAUGACACUUUAGAUUUCAAAGACGCGAAUGCCACGCACAAACUACAAAGCGACGUGCUGGAGGCAUUGGCCGUGUUGGAGGCGAAGCCUGCGCUGGAAAACAAGCUGAUCAUUAUGCGCAGACUGGUUUCUGUUGCGGGACUGAUCUCGGCCAACAGAUCCAACUCUAAUCUUCAGGACAGAGACAUGUGCUACCAGAUAAUCCGGGAGGCCAUUGGCGGAUACACUAUCGCCGCUGCGCUCAUUAUACUGUCCAAUUGCGUUUCUUCCCGUCAGUCGGCGGACGAAGUGUCUCAACAUGUUCCCCUGUCGCUCAUCAUUCACAAAUGUCAAGCAUUCCGCGACCCAGUGCAAUUUCAAGGCUUUUUGGACCUUUUGAAGAAGCUUUUGAACCUUUCUAACGCACAUGAGCUACAGGAACCAGAUCUAACCCUUCUUUCUUUACAAUUGAAAACAUGCCAUGACCAAUGCCAAUACUUCCAGAAUCUAGCACCGCUCGUGGAUGCACUGCUCGACAAAGUGGUAGCCGUGCUUCCUGGUUCAGUGCUUCGAAAAAUUUUGGCGGACGACAACUUCAAAACCGUCAUCACCGAGCGUGGUGGCAUUGCCACCGCUCUUCUGAUAGACAAGUUAGUUUUGCAGCGCAGAGGUCACGAAGACAAUGCGCUUUUGGCCACCUUAUGGACGUCCUUGUUCCGUUCGUUGCAAAAUUCAUCUGUCUCUCAAUCACAGGGAAUCUCGACGCCAUUUUUGUUCCAACUAAUGAAAUCGCUGGGAAUUUAUCUACGCUCUUUGAACGCCAGUGACCCCAAUCCUGUGUUUGAAUCCCAUUCUCACCAGCUGUCCAUGUUGUUCGAUACAAUUGCGUCGUUGGCGACCAAAACCGAUCCGGCUAGCAAAAGCAUCUACAACAACGCCCGUUUCGUCGCUGGAAUGACUAUAAACCUACUCAGGGAUCAGACAGGACCUGUGAACCACGCCCAAUUGCUGGAAUCUGCCACCCAAUUGCUCACCGACACCGUUAGUUCGAACUCGAUGACUACAACGUGA